AUGUCCCCGCACCAAACUACUGGCCAGGAACCCGACAACAUGGCCGUCAAUGGCGAGAAUGCGCAAGCUUCAUCUCAAUAUAUCCAGAGCAAUGAGGAGAUGGCCGAUGCUAUUGCGACCGAGAAAAAAGCUUCUGCAGCAAAGGUGGCGAAGGACCCUUCAAGGCCUAAAAGGAAAAAAGCCAAGCGAGCUUGUUACGCCUGCCAGAGAGGCCAUCUUACUUGUGGUGAUGAGCGACCAUGUCAGCGUUGUAUCAAGCGGGGAUUCCAAGAUGCCUGCCACGAUGGAGUACGAAAGAAGGCCAAAUACCUACAUGAUGCGCCAAAUGAGGCGUUGAUGGCUGGAGUGGGAGCAACCCUCUUUAACCAGAGAAAUGCGGCACACAACAAUGUCAAUGGAUCCAAUAUUUCACCCGGCGCUCCUCAGCAGAUAACCUCGCCCAAUUUUUACACCACCCAGCAGUCACCGGAUUAUAAUGGCUUUCCCCAAAAUAAGACCGAACUGCAGGACAGUACAGUAGGGCCUGAUAAUUACGCCUCCCAGUCUCCCGUUUCGCCCACGUAUCAAAUAGGUCAAGGAUUAUCAACCCAGGGCCUUUCUCCGUCCCUCCCGCAAUCCACAAGUGAGACACCAUCAGCCGCAAAUCCUGCUCCCGGCCAAUAUAAUUCGGCCUUUUUUGAUCCUAGCGAUCCUGCGCUGUUCAAUUUUGACCUCGCAAGCAUGAAUUUUGGGAACCAUUAUGGUGCUUUGGAAUUCGGAAUGCUUGGACAUAUGGCGACCGGGGUAGGUGACACACCACCUAGCGAUAGCGGAGCCCAGCGUGGUUCAAUUGGACAAAAUGGCUCCGGGACAUUCGGCCUCACUGGAUCCAGCUUUUCUGAGAGCCCUAGCAACCAGGCUCCCUAUUUGUUUAGCGAAUCUGGUAUGAAUGACUGGACGCAAACCGUGCCCGUCAAUAGGAGGGGUAUGUACGGUUCAAAUGCAAAUUUGAUGGCGGGAAAUAUGUCGGACAAACCGCAUGCAUUCGCCAUUGAAAGCGCCCCGGCCAAUUUUGCUAGCCCUGCUUCCAACGAGAGUCCGAUGAUGACGACCAGCUCAGCAACAAUUGAAGACACAACAAAUUCCGGGGCAUUCAACUCUAGACAAAAAGUACCUGUGUCUCAGCAGAGACAGCAGCCAGUUGUAUCAACGCCCCAACUUAAGCAACAAAAUCUGAACUUCGGCAGUAGGCGCAGACAUAAGAAUGCGUCGUCUAUUUACGACAGUGUCAAGGACCCGUACUCCUACACUAGCGGAUUCCAUUCUUUGACGGCAUUCAUCCAGCGCCGUUUCUCUCCACAGAAGACCUUGCGUAUUGCCAAAGCACUGGCAUCCAUUCGACCGUCAUUCAUUGCGACUACGAAAACUCUAAACCGGGAUGAUCUGAUAUUCAUGGAGAAAUGUUUCCAACGCACGCUCUGGGAGUACGAAGACUUCAUCAACGCGUGUGGCACUCCGACAAUAGUCUGUCGACGAACCGGCGAGAUCGCUGCAGUAGGCAAAGAGUUCAGCAUCCUCACUGGCUGGAAGAAAGAAGUGUUACUGGGCAAGGAGCCAAACCACAAUGUUAACACUGGCGGCUCGUCUGGUCUGAUGACAGGCUCAACGUCACGAGGGAGUUAUACUCCAAGACCUUACAGUUCUGAGGUAUACAACUCCAGCGCAACAGCUACGCCACGCACACAACCUGUCUUUCUCGCCGAACUGCUGGACGACGACAGUGUGAUUGAAUUCUACGAGGACUUUGCCAAGCUUGCCUUUGGUGACUCUCGUGGCAGCGUGAUGACGACGUGCAAGUUGCUCAAGUACAAAACUAAGGCUGAAAGUGAUAUUCUCGCCGGCAGCAACGGCGAGGCAGACGCUGGGCAGAAUGGUGAAGCCGCUGGUAAUGAGACAAACGAACUCAACGGCAUCAAUAGCAACGGAGCCACUACGAACGGACGAGGACAACGCCGGUGGGGCAAAGGUGAGAUUGCUGGUGAAGCUGGCAUGAACCAACUUGGGUUCCGUGACGGCAGAGUCGAAUGCAGCUAUUGCUGGACUGUUAAACGGGAUGUCUUUGACAUCCCCAUGCUUAUUGUCAUGAAUUUUUUGCCAUGCAUAUGAAGGUUCAUGAGAGUUACCUAGUUCGGAACGGUUUUAUUUAUUUUCUUGUUUUUCGUUCACCUCACGUUCAUUCAGCUGCAAUUAUUAUGACGGCGGUUAGGGGGGAAAAUGGAGUGUAACGGAACGAAGGUAUAACAUACAGCUGGGGGAAAACACGGCGUCACACACUUUUUGGGCAUUUGCAGAGCGGACCAACCGUCCCUCUUUUUUUUCAUCUUUUCUUCCUUUUUUCUUCUCUUAUGACUUAUCCUCUCUAUAUUUCCGCCUUUCCCUUGAGGAGGGGAUGCGUUAUUCUCCUCCAUGUUUCCUUCCCGUCCAUCCCCAGCAUCGAUGCCGGGGAGACGGCCAAAGGGAUUCACCCUGGACUUAACAAUAACGUGCGGCGAACCAACCAACAAACCAAGCUUUUAGGGUCCUUGCUGGGGAUCAUCCAGCACCACGGAGAUACAAAAACCAACCAAUCUAUCUCUUUGAAAAAAUGUCUUCCCUGCCUCCUCGCCCGUAUUUAACUAGCCCAUCUUCCCCUGCGGCUGCACAAGGGAGUCGCAGCACCGACGAAGCCCGAGGUCGCCGACUAGCUUGAAGCUAUCACCUUAGAAUUGAGGCUACCAAAUGAUAUAUAAGUAAUUAGUUAUAGCUGCCGCGUCCUUA